AUGGAUAAGUCCUCCAGUGAUCUCGCCUGCUUUGUUCGCUUUGAAAAAGUCAACAUCUACACCACCAACAACUUCAAACAGAAAUACAGAGCUCCCUCUGACUUCUGCUUCAUGCUAAAGCAUCCCCGCAUCCAGAAAGAGUCGCACUACAUCAAGUUCCUGUGCUGCGACGAUGAGCACACACUGUUGCUCUGGGUCAACUCCAUCAGAAUAGCCAAGUAUGGGACUGUCCUGUAUGAGAACUACCAGGCCGCAAUAAAGAGAACCUCCAGUUUACAAACUCUCCACUUUGAUGCACACAAAGGCAAAUAUAACAGUCACGCCCCUCAGAUCAGGCCACAGCCGAGUCCAGCUCCACCCAAAACCACAAAUGUUGAAGACUAUCCACAUGAGCCACCACCUGACUUCAUCCCUCCUCCUCCUCCUGGACACACACACGUUUGAGACACAUCUUCGCAUCCUUCAGCUAGCCUGAAUUGAGCCAAUUUAGCACGCACACCAAUUUUGCACACACAUCAAACCUGGAGCCAAUAAUAUGUUUCAGUAAUGUACACACGUAGUAGUAAAGUAUAAACAAGUAGUGUUGCAUGCCCAGGAUGCAAAAUAAAAUUUAAGAUUAUUUUUUGGGGCAUUUUUAGGCCUUUAUUGACAGGACAGCUGAAGAAAUGA